GGCUGGAUUGAUGUAGAUAUCACAGUUGCUGGACAAACAACACGCCACCCAUGCAUCCUAGCACAAAAAUUCAAUCAAUUAAUAUUGUUGGGAACAGAUUUUCUGUACAAAACAGGAAUUAUAUUGGGCAUUCGUGGUGGAAGAUUAUGGCGAAAAGCAACACCACUCGACAAAUACCUAUUAAGUACAGAUCUUCAUCAUGCUGGUCGUUUGGAUGUUCCGGUUUAUGCCACAGAGAAACGAAUUCUUCCACCAUAUCACGAAACAUAUAUAUCCGUCCGCCCACCACUACAGUUUAGCUCGGACUCAUGGGAAGCUACUAAUAUAGCCACUCCCAGCCGUAUAUCCGUUGCUAAUUGUUUAGUGGUCGUCCACAACAAUUCAACAUCAUUAAAAAUAGCGAAUUUGACACCUGUUCGGCAAAUAAUCCAUAAAGGACAAAGAGUGACUGAUCUCGACCCAUGGUAUGAACAACGGACAACACCUUCAACAGGAAUUCUCGAUCCACAACAACAUCACCAACCGGCUGUCGAAAUUAAUGAUUAUAUUAAUCAAACAUGUGCAUCUGUUACGGAUUCUGUUAAUGUCGUCGAUUCUGAUGGAUACGCGAUUAGUAAUGAAGUUGAACUGAGCAACGGCGUUACGAAUAUUGGAAAUAAUCAUCAACGAAAUGAAACUGAUAAUAAUAAAAUGAACGAAUAUCCAUGCAUCCGUGAUAACAAUACCACACGUCCAAUUUCAACAACAUUUCAUAAAAAUUAA